CGGGAACAGACAAGAAGUGGAACGUCAGACCAGUAGUCGAAGUCGCGUAAUGGCCUUUCGCAAGCGGAACUGCAUGCUGAGGGGCCCACAAGUGAAGCUGGAUUAAAGGAAUCAUCAUGAAGAUUGUGUUGUCAGAACGCCGAUGGAUGCUUUUGAACAACACUCGUCAGACAGAAGGGCUGGGGCCAUUGCAGCAUGUGAGAAAUACUGACGCGCAGAAAGAGAUGAUGGACUGUGUCUUGCCAUCAUAUGUCUCCUUCCAGCUUCGCUUCUGUACAAAAAGAUGCGCACCCUGGGAAACAAGAAACACAAAAUUAAACGACAUCGACAAUCGGAAAGGUCGAAAACGACCUGCAGUACCGCUGAUCGUUGGUUUUCAUGCGUGCUGUGUUUGUUUCUGCUUUGACACGCGAUUUUGUACAUUUGGAGAUUCAAGCCAUGAACCACUUCGCGAGGACGAUUUCGGUUUCUAUCUGUGAUGCACACGGAAUUCUCUGUCACUUUCUGACACAUUUCAUGCCCAUAUUAAAACAAAGUGAGACCCAACAAUCGGUGGAUCUUCAUACAAAGCUUGGAUCCGCCGAUCUAUCUUUUGUCCGGUGUACGGGAAUUGCGCGACCUGUGGAGCAGUGCUUCCUCAGUUUCCAUGGGAAGAGUCUGUGCAUGUCUGAAGACAGAUCCGUAUUGCAGUAAUCCGCAGAUUCUUCUGCAACCAAGAAGACAAAUCAAGACACUGACAAACACAUAAGCCAGAGGGGGAAGAAAUGUCGGAGUACCUCAGGAACUACCUGGCCAAAGACGGACACAGGUAAAGAUUCUAAGUGUGUAUCCACGCGACGCUCUCGAGAUUGUGCGCACGGUGCCGGGGUUGCCGGCGUGGUUUCCUUCGGAUGCACGCAAUUUUUCUCAAAGGCACCACAAAGGCAACACACUUGCAGAGGGUAUCUGCGGGAUGCUUCUGUUGCCUCAGGCCCCCGAUUCGCUUUAGAUCGGCAUUCCACAACACUGUCUACGACGCUUUGAAGAACAGGGGAUGGAAAGAAACUGACAGCGACACAGAGUGGGACUUCUUCUGGUGUGACAAAGAAUGGAUGUCUGAGAACUUCGACAAAUUUCGGUUCCAGCCUCAUCAGCGGGUUAACCACUUCCGGAACCACUACGAGCUGACACGCAAAGAUUUGCUCAUCAGGAAUCUGAGGCGCCACCGGCGGCAGCUAGAGCGCGAUGGAAAGAUCAAAGAAGCUCAAAGCUUCAACAUAUGCCCGACGACAUUUUUGCUUCCACUGGAAUACUCCAUGCUCGUGGAGGAAUUCCGCAAGAGGCCGAACACUCUGUGGAUCAUGAAACCCAUUGGAAGGUCGCAGGGCAGGGGAAUCUUCUUAUUUGAGCGUCUCUCUCAAAUCAGUGAAUGGAAGAACGAUGGCAAGUGGAAAAAAUCUGAGCCAGUCAACCCAAGAAAAGACAAGGUUGCUGAAGAGCCUCACCAUGCGGAGGCAUACGUUUGCCAACGUUACAUCCAGGAUCCUCUUCUUAUCGGCGGAAAGAAAUUCGAUCUCCGCCUCUACGCUUGCGUCACUUCCUAUUCACCUCUAACAGUUUACCUUCAUCGAGGAGGUUUUGCCCGAUUUUCGCAUACGCACUUCAGCAUGGAAGUUGAACACAGAGGCAACCUUUGCAUGCAUCUGACCAACGUGGCUAUUCAGAGAUUCUCUGAGAAUUAUGACGAAGAACUCGGGGGCAAAUGGUCAUUGCGGAACGUCAAACAGUUCCUCAUCACGAAGUACGGAGAGACACGAGUCAAUGAGCUGAUGCUGCAAAUUCAACAGCUGAUGCUCAAGCCCCUGAUUGCCGUGUCAAAGGUCAUGAUAAACGACAAACACUGCUUCGAGCUGUACGGUUACGAUAUCAUUAUUGAUGCCCAGCUCAAGCCGUGGCUUCUUGAAGUAAACGCUUCGCCUUCACUCACGGCGAGUACUCCUCUCGACUACAGCUUCAAAAUAGGGUUGCUAGAUGAUGUCCUGACGAUAGUGGACAUGGAAAAAUUUCUAGCAGGUGACGAACAGCAUAUUGGAGGAUUCGUCCUUCUAUACAAAGGGGGUCCGGUCAACGAAAUGCCUGCAGAGUGUACAACUCUGAGCUAUCUAGGCACCGAUAUUUCGCGAGAAGUGUGCCUCAAGUACCUUGGAAAGAAGUUGGCUGCUGCACAACGGUCUGCAACUGCCGCUGGCAGAUCUAAAUGACCACAAUGCUGGCUACUGCUCAGCUGUUCUAACUGUGAAUGGUUCUCAUUAGCAACCCAGUUUUCAUCAAAGAGCCCGUGCCGACUGGCGCGCACAUCUUCUGCUACUAGAAGGCGCAUGACACUGAACACAGAUAAGAAGAUUGGGUAUACCACCACAGGAGUUCCCCCAUUUGUCGCCCCCUCACUGAGAGCGCGAGCUCAUGGACAGGGCUCAUGCCCCUUUCGAAUGAGCCUCUUGAUGAGCCCUGACGCAACUCUGCGCAGUUGAGGUUUCCUGCGUCUGCUUUUCUCUUCGUUCUUCUAUUUGCACGACCCAAAUUCUGGUGCCCCUGUAGGCCUGGCCAGUCGCUUCGAUAAAGUGAGCGGCAGGCGCCUCCCUCAAACUUGCUGCGGCACCGGCGAAGCGGGGAAUAUUGGCUGCCCUCUCUUGGCUUAUUCCUGGCUGUUACUGAUUCGUUCUAUUCCUCGGCACUCGUUGCUGCGUACCAAAAAACUUUGUCUAUCUGGAAUAACAGACUGGCGUGUCCCGUUGUCCUGCUGUCAAACACGAAGUUGUGCCCGGAGCAUUUGGUCCGUCUCCGGUACCCGUGCUCGAGAUGCAGAACAGAUUGGUGGCUUCUGUUUUGUCAGUCUGUCUCGUCCACGCAUAACUAUUUACUACGCUG